AUGGAACGGGUAGUAUUGCUUUCUAGGGCAGGGAAGUCCUCCGCACGAGUAACAGCGCAACAAUGCUGGGGCGAUGGGACAGCGACACCAUACAAGCCGGAGGACGGCUGCACAACGUGGCCAUCGUACGGCGAUGGCCGCAACAAGAAGGCGGAGUUCUGCUCAAAGCACUCCAAACCAGGGAUGAUCAACGUCGUCAACAAGAGGUGCGGCCAUCCGGGCUGCAUGAAGCAACCUUCAUAUGGAAACCACGGCAUGAAGCCGGAGUUCACUUCUCAGCCCAGCCAGCAGGGCAUGGUCGAUAUCGUCAACCGGAGGUGCGGUCAUCCAGGAUGCACGAAGCAGCCGUCAUAUGGUAAAGACGGCAGCAAGAAGGCGGAGUUCUGUUCACAGCACAGCCAGCAGGGCAUGGUCGAUAUCGUCUACAAGAGGUGCGGCCACCCAGAGUGCAUGAAGGGGGCAUCAUACGGUACAGACGGCAGCAAGAAGGCGGAGUUCUGCUCAAAGCACAGCCAGCAGGGCAUGGUCGAUAUCGUCAACCGGAGGUGCGGUCAUCCAGGAUGCACGAAGCAGCCGUCAUAUGGCAAAGACGGCAGCAAGAAGGCGGAGUUAUGCUCUCAGCACAGCCAGCAGGACAUGGUCGAUGUCGUCACCAGGAGGUGCGGUCAUCCAGGAUGCACGAAACAACCGUCAUAUGGUAAGGACGGCAGCAAGAAGGCGGAGUUCUGCUCUCAGCACAGCCAGCAAGGCAUGGUCUCUAUGAACAGGAGGUGCGGCCAUCCAGGGUACAUCAAACACCCGUCGUAUGGUAAAGAUGGCAGCAAGCACCCGGAGUUCUGCUCUCAGCACAGCCAGCAGGGCAUGGUCGAUGUCGUCACCAGGAGGUGCGGUCAUCCAGAGUGCACGAAGGGGGCAUCAUUCGGUAAAGACGGCAGCAAGAAGCCGGAAUUCUGUUCUCAGCACAGCCGGCAAGGCAUGACCAAUGUCCGUAACAUCAGGUGUGGCCAUCCAGAGUGCACGAAGGUAGCAUCAUUCGGUAAAGACGGCAGCAAAAAACGGGAAUUUUGUUCGAAGCACGGCCAGCAGGGCAUGGUCGAUGUCGUUAAGAAGAGGUGCCGCCAUCCAGGGUGCACAAAAGGGGCAUCAUAUGGCACAGACGGCGGCAAAGAGCGGGGGUUCUGCUCUCCGCACAGCCAGCAGGGUAUGGUCGAUCUCAUCAGGAAGAGGUGUGGCCAUCCAGGGUGCACGAAGGUGGCAUCAUUUGGUACGGACGGCAGCAAGAAGGCAGAGUUCUGUGGUCAGCACAGCCAGCAGGGUAUGGUCAAUGUCGUGAAGAAGAGGUGCCGCCAUCAAGGGUGCACGAUAGGGGCAUCAUAUGGUACAGACGGCGGCAAAGAGCGAGAGUUUUGUUCAAAGCACUCCAAGCUGGGUAUGGUCGAUAUCGUCCACAAUGAGGUGCCGCCAUCCAGGUUGCACGAAGCGGCAGUCGUAUGGUAAAAACGGCAGCAAGAAGCCGCAGCUCUGCUCUCCGCACGCGAAGGGAGGUAUGGUCGAUGUCGUCAGGAAGAGGUGCGACCAUCAAGGGUGUACGAAGGUGGCAAAAUAUGGUACCGGCGGCAGCAAGAAGCCGGAGUUGUGCUAUCACCACGCGAGGCCAGGGAGGACCAAUGCGUGGCAGGUCAUGUUUGGAGGACCAGGGGUCGCAAUUUGAGGGGUUGCUGGUCUUGUGGUCGUAUGCAUAUGGCAUUCUCAAAGGUCGUCGUGUGGUUCGGGGCCCACCACAGGUGACCUCGCCAGGUUCACUGGCUCAAAUGGCAUUAAUGGUCUUAUAUGGCACGUUGCUGUGGUCUGGAUCGUAGUUCAGACGAUGCACUUACUGUAACUCACACGCACGUGGCGCGCAUGCAUCAUUUUGUUCAUGCCUAGAUGUACUUCGCCAUAUCGUUCGUCGCUUGGAUACGACAUGCAGGGUGGUGGGAUUCGCUGUAGUUUGACAUUUCCCUGGCAUUGCGUGUCAAGCGGGAGCGAUGGAGGGCCCUCCCUUUUUUUUUUGCUGGAUGGGGCCUCGUUAUCCUGUUUCCUCAGACCGUAUUCUUUCGUUCUCCGGGUUCGAUCACCUCCCGGUCUGUCUACUGUGAUCUGCAAUGCAUAUUAUCGCGAUUUUUUAGGAUUUUCUGAGUCCAUUU